GAUAUACACUUUAAGCAACAGCUGGGGAUUGGAACUUGAAAGUAGUUGAAUAUAUAAUUUGUAAAAUUAACAAUCAGCCCCUGACUGGGCGCUUUGUGUGGACUGUGCUACGCUCCUGUGCUACGCGCCACGCUCAUAUGGUAAGUCCGCAACGACACCGACACCGGGGCGCAACAGUAUUGCAAUUUGAAACCCACCCCCGAGAGCAGAUGCAUGAGAAAGCGGAAGCGCAUGCUCACAGCUUUGUCAACCCCCAAAACAAAAGCCACUGACAGACGCCCCAAAGUUGUAAACAAAAACAAGUCACAGAGUUAUGCAAACUAAAAAGAGAGCGCACAAGAGAGAGAGAGAGAGAGAGAGCGAGAGAGUAAGAGCGAGUGCGCGUGCGGUAAAGUUGGAGAGCAGCGAGCUCCUGACAGCUGCAGUUUGAAUAAAUUCCCAGCUAAGAUUGGAUGUCAAAUCGCCAACGACGUCAAAAGGAAAUUAUCGAUUUUUGCAUUGCGUUGUGAAAAAACAGAGUGACUUGCCACAAGAGCUAUAAAAGUUAACAGUUAUUGUUUAAGUUAAAAGGCAGCUGCAACUGAACAAUUGUAGGCGUGCUGUUCUGCUCUAGGGCGUGGCAGCGUAGGCAGCAGCAAUUGCCCAGCGUUGAGCAACAGCGAAAUGGCCGAUAGCGAAUUUGAAGAAUUCCGUAGGCCCAUAUUUGAGCCACACGCAAUUAACACAUACAGCAAGAAGAACAGUUCGCAUACGUUCUACUCGCUCAUACCCAACGAUGAUUUGGAGGACUCGCACUCUUCCAAAAGCGAGGGCUCCGAUCAGGAGGAGGAGAAGUUGCAGCGUCAGGUGGAAGAUGACGAGAUGGGCGAUGGUCUAAAGGUCACACUCUCCUCGGAUGGCUCGCUGGACACAAACGACUCCUUCAACUCGCAUCGACAUCAUCCUCUGAAUCAUCAGGAAGCCAUAGGCGGUUUUAUGGGUCUCAAUGGCAAUGCAGCUGCAGUGACCAUAGGCGCCAGCACAGAUCUCUUGACGCCUGGUGCGGCUGCCACGCGGCGUCGUCGCAAGUUGCCCGAAAUACCCAAAAACAAGAAAUGUGGCUCCACACCCAGCACCUUGGCGGAUGAGUUUCGCAUGGGCGGCGUUACGCCCACAGCUGGCGGUUUGGCUCCACAGCGCAACAAUCAGCAGCGGUCAUUUCUAACGCUCAAGUGUGGCUAUUUGCUGGACGAGGAUUCCAGUCCCGAUUCGGAGCGACUGCAGAGCUUGGGCGAUGUGGACAGCGGCCAUAGCACGGCGCAUUCGCCCAACGAUUUCAAGAGCAUGUCGCCGCAGAUAACUUCACCAGUAUCGCAGUCGCCGUUUCCGCCGCCCUUUGGAGGCGUGCCCUUUGGCCAGCUGGAGAUGCUGGAGGCCACGCAUCGUGGACUGCACAAGUUCGUGCCAAGGCAUCACGACGAGAUUGAGCUGGAGAUUGGCGAUGCUGUCUAUGUGCAAAAGGAGGCGGAGGACUUGUGGUGCGAGGGCGUCAAUCUGCGCACUGGACGUCAGGGCAUCUUCCCCUCGGCCUAUGCUGUGGACUUGGACUACAACGAGUUUGAUCCGACGGUGCAGCUGGUGAAGAAGGAGCGCUAUCUACUCGGCUACCUGGGCUCGGUGGAGACACUUGCCCACAAGGGCACAGGCGUUGUCUGCCAGGCAGUGCGCAAAAUCGUGGGCGAGUACGGCAAUUCCCCCACCGGACAGACCUGCAUACUGGAGGUCUCCGACCAGGGUCUGCGCAUGGUCGAUCGCUCGUCACCAAAUAAUAAGAAGGAGAAGAAGCCCUGCAUCGACUAUUUCUACUCUUUGAAGAAUGUUUCGUUUUGUGCAUUUCAUCCAAGGGAUCAUCGCUUCAUUGGCUUUAUUACCAAGCAUCCGACAGUGCAGCGUUUCGCCUGUCAUGUCUUCAAGGGCUCCGAGUCUACAAGACCAGUAGCCGAAGCUGUCGGUCGCGCCUUUCAACGCUUCUAUCAGAAGUUCAUAGAGACCGCUUAUCCCAUCGAGGACAUUUAUAUUGAAUAGAAAGCAAAGAACGACAGCUACAAAAAAUACUUCAAGUUAAAAUAUUAAUAUAUUUUUUGUGCGGUUAUUAAUCAAAUUAAAAAGCAUGUUUGGUCUUCGUCAACAAAACAAAAAAAAAAAAGAAAAGCAAAGGAACCUUAAAUCCGAGAAACCAAAAAUUCUAUAAACAAGCAAAUUCUUAUAAGCUCGCAAUAGAAAUUAUAGCUUAUAAUACGUUAUCUAACUAUAAUUUCACAAUUAGAAAAAUACUUGUUAAGCAGAGUGAACAAAAAUCGAUUAGCUGUGUAAAUAAUUAAUUUUGGUUUAUAAAGCACACACAAUAAUAAAAAAAACAGCGGCUAGACAAAAUGUAUGAACAAUAGUAAAUCGCUAUAAACCACAAAUGAUACAAAAAAAUCAACAAUACUCUAUAUAGUUUUUUUCCAGCAAAUGCACAAACCGAACAAAAUAAUUCAAACUCUUCAACUUUGUAAUAAGCUCAAUAUCAGUCGAGCAGUUAUAUCCAAAUGCAACUGAAGCUACCCAAAGACAGAUUUAAAGUUAAUAUAGGAAAUGGCAAGGGCAAUUUGGCUUGACAAAAACUUCUAGUAUUCAUUUAUUAUGCAAAGCCCCAUACUAAGAUGUAUA